CCCUCGUUUUGCUCUUCCUCUUGUUUCCCUCUCCGCUCCCCGCCCUCUCUUUUCCCCUCCGAUCGCCUCUAGUCCGAUCGCCCCUCCUGCCGCCGAUCUAUCUUAGAAUCCUUCAACCCCCUGAGAUCGGCUCUGCCUUGCCGCUUCCGCCGUCAAAUUCGACCAUAACUAGGGUUCCGGGCCCGGAUUUCGUCCCCGCAGCCGAUCUCUUGGCUUUCGCCGCGGGAUCGGGGAUUUCUAGCUGGAUUAUUGUUGGUUUGAUCUGGUUCGGGUUGAUGUCCAGCAUCCAGGCAGCUGGGAAGCAACCGGCUCAGCAGCCAGGGCAGAUGUUUCAGCCGUCAAAGCAGUGCUUGCCGUUUGCCUCGUCAAGACCGCCGUUCGUCUUGCUGGAUGGGCAUCAGGGGUUCUCAGCCGCCGUCGGUCGGUCGGGCGGCGGAGACGACAUGGCCGAUGCGCUGGUUAUUAAGACACCUUUAAAGAGAAAGUCUGUACAAGAAGAUAAUGAAGCUAAAGUACUGCACGAGCGGGCAACUAGCACUGGAUAUGCUGUGGGAUUCACAAGUCCUCUACUCACACCGGUGUCAGAAAAAGUAAGAAAGACGUAUAGUAAGUCCAAGAUUUCUAAGCACAGUAAGUCCAGCACUCAAACCCUUCUGUCAUAUGCUGGUUCACCUCCUGGCAACAAUCUUACUCCAGUUGGAAAUAGUCGUUAUGAUAGCUCCCUAGGGCUUUUGACCAAGAAGUUUAUCAAUUUGCUUAGACAUGCACAAGAUGGCAUCCUUGAUCUGAAUAAAGCCACAGAAAUUUUGAAGGUGCAAAAGAGGCGGAUAUAUGACAUCACUAAUGUUCUUGAAGGCAUUGGACUCGUAGAGAAAACACUUAAAAACAGAAUCUCUUGGAAGGGACUAGAUGACAUGGGUCCAGUUGAGGUUGAUGAUGAUGCUUCAAUUUUACAGGAAGAAAUUGACAAACUUACGUUGGAGGAGUGCAGAUUAGAUGAGCUUAUCAGCCAAAUGCAAGAAAGACUGAGGGACCUCAGUGAAGAUGAAAGCAAUCAUAAGUGGCUUUACGUGACUAAAGAUGAUAUCUCGCACCUUCCCUGCUUUCAGAACAAAACACUAAUAGCAAUUAAAGCACCUCAUGGUACUACCCUUGAAGUUCCAGAUCCUGAUGAGGCUGAGGAAUAUCCUCAGAGGAGAUACCGAAUUGUCCUAAGAAGCACUAUGGGUGCUAUAGAUGUAUACCUUGUGAGUCAAUUUGAAGACAAGUAUGAGGGGAUGAGUGGUGUUGAGAUGCCCCCGAAGGUCCUUCCCAUAUCAAAUUCAGGAUCUGUCGAGAACUACAUGGUGCCAUUUGUCACAGAAGAGAGCAGAGGGAAUGGAAUGGAGGUUGAUAUUCAACACAGCGAGAGGAUCUGGUCUGAUGUAAAUUCUUCACGGGAUUUUGAUGGUGGUAUGAUGAAGAUUGUUCCUUCAGACAUUGAUACUGAAGCUGAUUAUUGGCUUCUAUCAGAUGCUGGUGCUAGCAUUACAGAUAUGUGGAAGACUGCAUCAGAGGUUAAAUGGGAUGACAUCAGCACAGGUGGUGCCAACACACCUCAACCACGAGCUCCGUCUGGUGUUGUUGAGGUCUCUUCAGAUGCAAAUUCUUCCCUUAGAUGAAUGCAGGAUAGGUGGACUAUGUAACUCAGAAGCCUGAGGACUGGUUUUUGUGUUGGAAGCAGUCUGCUUCCCCGUUCUAAAUGCAAAGGUUGAUGAAGAUACUGUGGAAUGCUUAUUAUUUGGGGCAGUCAAGUGGAUUUGGUGAACGUUAUGGUAUAUACAUGUCUAAGUCUCUGCAAGAGGAAUCUGCCAAUCUGUCCUUUGGCAAAAACUGGCCUGUGGGUCAUCCCAUGAUAUUUUGGCAUAGAGAUUAGACCUGCAAUCACAUUGUAAUCUUUCGUUUCCUUGAGGCUUUCCUCCUGUUCUAUAUAUGAAGGUCUUGUACUG